AAAUGGCGGUUAGCAGUUGAUGGGGUCUCUUUUUGACAUUCAAUCAUUUCCCGAGCGUGUUACGCUUAAUUGCGGACGUUCGGCGGGGCGCACAAUCAGUGUGAGCGUGUAGGCGGCGGCCACCCGAGUGCGGAGAUAGCGUCGCAAUGGACGACGCGGCGGGAAUGCCAUCGCUGCAAGCAGUCGUCCAAGCCAUCCACGCGCUCUACAGACAGCCCGACACCACGGGCAAGGAGAAAGCAUCGGUCUGGCUGGGCGAACUGCAGAGAUCCGUGAGUUUUGUCUGUGCCUGGAGGAUCGCAGAUGAGCUCCUGCAGCAGAAUGUGGACCUCGAGUCCUGCUACUUCGCGGCUCAGACCAUGCGAACAAAGAUCCAGUACGUGUUCCACGAACUGCCUCCCGAAUCCCACGCGUCUCUGCGAGACUCACUCAUGGAGCACUUGGCAAAGGUCAGCAAGGACACAGCGCCCGUUAUUGUUACACAGUUGUCUCUUGCCAUGGCUGAUCUUGCCCUGCAGAUGGCGUCGUGGAAGUCCUUUGUUGUUGACUUAAUAUCAAGGUUUGGCUGCAGCCUGACCCACAUUCCCGUUCUUCUUGAAGUGCUGACUGUGCUUCCCGAAGAGCUCAACAGUAGGUCACUCCGGCUUGGUGCCAACCGGCGCAAUGAGAUCAUUGAACUCUUCAAUCAAGUUUCAGGGCAGGUGGUACAACUGCUGGAUGCUUGCCUGCAGCCGGCGCAGAAUCCCGACGAGCGAGUGCGUGCCCGUGUGUUCCGCUGUCUGGGAAGCUGGUUCUCGGUGGGCGGCCUGCGGCUAGAUGACCCCACAUUGCACAAGCUUCUUGCUAGCGUGUUUGAGGCCCUGAAGAGUCCGAGUUCAUCCUCAAGUGUGCACGAGACGGCGACCGACUGCAUCUGCAAUGCUCUCAUGCUCCUCGGGCAACACUCGUCUCAGACCCAAGUCUUGGCCCAAGUCUUGGUACAGGGUGUGUACUCCCUCGUCGAGCCCUACCACUUGUCGGUAGCUCACGAAGACCUCGACAGAUCGGUGAACUACUGCCGCAUCUUCACCGAGCUGGCCGAAUCUCUGCUCGACGACAUGAUCCAACAUCCGGGACAGGGCCUGGGCGAUCCACGUUGCUUGGACUUGCUGCUGACCUGCGUUGGACACUACGACUAUGAAGUGGCCGAGAUCACCUUCAACCUCUGGUACCGGCUCUCGGAGGCACUCUACAAGGAGAGUAAUGACAACCUCAACGCCUUCUUCGGCCGAUACAUCCAGAUGCUGCUCGUUGCCCUCUGCCGACACUGCCAGUUGGACCCAGACAAGGAAGGGGUGCCCUCCGACAAGGACGACUUUGGCGACUUCCGGAACCGCGUUGCAGAGCUCAUCAAGGAUGUGGUCUAUCUCGUGGGAUCUGCCAACUGCUUUCACCAGAUGUUCGAGAACCUCAAAAACCAGGGUGCUUCGGCCACAUGGGAUGUCACCGAGGCCACCCUCUUCGCCAUGGCUGCCGUGGCAAAAAACAUUGUGCCGGAGGAGAACGACACAGUCCCCGAGGUGGUGGAAGCCAUCUUGAAGCUGCCUGCCGAGUCGCACACGGCCGUGCGACACACCAGCAUCCAGCUCCUGGGUGAACUGUGCGAGUGGAUUGACAAGCACCCACAGUACCUUGAUCCAGUGCUGACGUUCCUGCUGCAGGCUCUGCAGACGCCGAGCCUGGCCAGCGUGGCAGCAGCCUCCCUGCAGAACGUGUGCGCCACGUGCCGCACACAGAUGGUGGCACACUUCCCCGCACUGCUGCACAUCGUCAGCGCUGUGGACACCUUGAGCGUCUCAACCAGCGCCGCUCUCGGGCUGCUCAAAGGUGCGGUCUUGGUUCUGGCCAAGAUGAGCCCCGAGCAGAUCACGGAUGGCAUGCGGCAACUGUGUAGGCUCCAGACGGAACGAUUAACACGGGUCAUAAACGCUGAAGAGACAAAUGCCGAGGGGAGCCGGUCCGAGCCGAUCAUCUACCUAGACCGGCUGGCCGCUAUCUUCAGGAAUACCAAUGUGAACAUCCCAUUGGGCCAGCCCCACCCGUGCCAGCCAGUGGUGGAGGAGGUGUGGCCGGUGCUGUCCCAGGCAUGCCACCGGUACCAGGCCGACGAGAAGAUCACUGAGCAGUGCUGCCGGUGCAUCCGGUUUGCAGUGCGCUGCAUUGGCCGGCAUUCGCACUCCCUGCUGCAACCACUCGUCACACAGAUGGUGCAGCUGUACCAAGUGCACCAGCACUCCUGUUUCCUCUACCUGGGAAGCAUUCUGGUGGACGAGUACGGCUCAGAGUCGGGAUGUGUUCAAGGCCUCAUCGAAAUGCUACAGGCAUUCUGCGGGCCUGCCUUCAGGCUGUUGGCCAAUGCUGAUGCCCUGCGCAACCACCCUGACACAGUCGAUGACUUGUUCAGGCUAUGCACAAGGUACAUCCAGAGGAUGCCCGUGGUGUUCCUGAAGAACCCCGCCCUGUCAGGGAUAAUCCAGUGUGCCCUUGCCGCCUGUCCGCUGGACCACCGGGAAGCCAACACGUCGGUGAUGAAGUUCCUCUGCGACCUCAUUCACUGUGGACGGUCCAAGAAGGAAACGCCGGACUUUGCGGAGCGGCAGUCGCUUGUCGGAGCCUUGCUGGCAAGCCAGGGCCAGACGAUUGUGACCACCCUGAUCCAGUCGUCCAUCUUCUGCCUGCCCACUGCACUGCUGCCCGACGUGGCGGAGGUGCUCUAUGAGAUGAUCGAGUUUGACCGGCAGGCCCUGACAACAUGGCUGGAAAAUGCUCUGAAGCUUCUGCCAACGCACAGUAGUGGUGGAGCAGUCACAGCCACACCAGCACAGCUGGAGGAGUUCCUGUCCACUGUUACUAGCGCGGAGCACAUGAGGAGCAUCUCAACAUCACUACGGGACUUCUCUAGGCUGUACCGAUGAGCUAUUUGUGAAACAGACAAAAAAAAAAGUGUCUCACAGGACUUUUCUUACAGUCGUGGUGGAGUUGUUUAAUCAUUUCUUUUGUCCAUUACACCUCUCCUCAUGCGGUGUGACGACUUGUCGCAGCAUCUGUGAACUGCCUCGUCCGGCGUUGUCUUGUGGACGUCGUAAUGUUCUGGAGAAGAAGAACAGAUAACUAUGCUACCUGGGAAGUAUUGUAUGCAUUUUUUUUUUCGUUAUCUUCAUCUGUUUCAAACCGAGCUGUUUGUCAGAAGACUCAAGUGUGUGAACGCUGUCCCCGUUCCCAAGUGACCCGUAUGGACGUACGAUCCGUUUGUUCUCCAGUUGGCUACGGCUCGGACUCGUUCGUACUUUCCUCUGACUUAUAGGUGGUGUCUUAUUUGUAUAAUUGACCUUGGCUACAGCUUGCAUUUGGCUUGGAUUUGUUUCACCUUAGAUAUGAAGCCCUCGGCUUGAAAGAGGCCGUGUUCUUGAAGCUCAUCGCGUGUGCCUCCUUGCAUGCCAAACACUAAGUCAUUACUUGUUUUUUUUUUUUCUCACUAUUAUUUAAUCGUUAAAGUUUCAGGACAGAUCACGUUAAUGACAUUGAAUGCUCAAAGCACUGCUCCUUUUUUUAUACCUGUUGCAAGUGUGCGAGAGACUUUCCCACGAGGUUGUGUUGUGUACAUAAAUGCCUCAAAUUAUGUUUUGUUAAUCCAACCAUAAAGCUUCACAGUGUAAUAGCUAUCCUUAGUUUCCUAGGACACUAAUUGCUAGUGUCGCAUGUUUAACGGGGAAAGGUGUGACUAAUUAUUUUGCCUUGGGCUUUUCCAAGUUGCGGCUUUAAUGACGGAAGGGGAUCGAUAUUUUUCUUUCAGAGUUGCUAGAAGGUUGCGCGAUGCAGAAUCAUUUUUGUAGAUGUUUUUUGUCGCCGCAGGUCGUUAAAGCUGUUGGGCACUGUUGUUGAAUUGCCUGGCUCAUUGAGCACUGGGUGCUUUUUGUGGUCAUGGCGUUGAGAGCCGCACGGAAAGUUGGCGACGAACCUCGUUUUGGUGUGGUAAUUUAAAUACGUAUUUGCAUGUUGCCGAUAUAUAUUGCGAUGUUACGCUUACGAUCGCCAUGCCGGUAUACUGCCGGCAUCAGGCUUGACUCGAAAAAGCGAUGGCCGCCAGUUCCAAGACUGCCGUCUGGUGUCAACAUUCUAGAAUCGGUCAAAAGUGGUCUUAAUCACCGGGGCAAAAUUCAGCGAGAAGAGAUUCCACGUUCGCUGUUGAGUGGUGUCGCAAGGAGGUACUAGAAUGGACGCAGCAGCUGUGGUCUCCCCGAGUCGCAUGGUGGCGUAUUCCGGUUAGGCCUAAUGGUUGCGGUGCGUACAGAAAUGCAGGAUGUGUGGCGAACUUGACAGGUUGUUCUUUUUUUUGCUUUUUAACUUGAAAGUUAUGAAGCAAGGAGCAUGCUGUGAUGGAUCUAAGACCAUAUUUCCUGAAGCAUGCGUGUGUUCAAAUCUCUAUGCACUUGUUGGAAGAACAAGUUUCGGCGGGUAUUGGUGUGUGCUUAACGUUUUCGUGCUGUGCAUAGUUGAUCGGCUGGUUAGCACAGAAUGUAAUGAGAAUGCUCGUGCUUCGCUUGUGCCUCUGCUCGAUGGUGGCAGUUUAUCCUUCUUGGAGGUGCUCACCAGUGGUCGCCUAGCGAGUCCUUCGCCUGGACAGAUUUUCGGGAUGAUCGAGGGCUUGUGGGGACAGAUCUGUUGAUGCAAAAGCACUGAGCUGUUUUGGAGAGAAAUAGUUUACGAGCAGUGCCGGGUGCUUCACCGCAUUCAGCCUGACGGUCGGCCAUUUCGAAGUGUCCGAACUGUUUACUUGGGUUGCGGCUGUUGCCAGGCUUUAACCUCCAGAAAAUAAGGGCUACCUGCACGUUGCAUGCAAGGCGUUUUCAACUGCAGUGGCUGAGUGAUGAGUAUGACGCACUUGUAGCGCAUAACACUGAUGUAAAUGUAUUUGUGCCCUUCAAAUGCAAAAGUUAAAAAAGAUUUGUGGACCCUGUAGGGGUGGGUGUGGACAAUCUGAGGCGUGCGUGCUUGUUUAGAGCUGUUGAAGGGUGCAUCCUUAUGGGGCCAAGUUCAGAGCGGUGGCCUGAUGAGUGGCAGUUGCCUGUUGAGUGCUUGUUUUAGCAAGUGCUUUUCUUGGUUGAGAAGUUGCUUCCUAAUGCAGCGCAUGCAAGCUGCGUCAUAUCGGUUGUCUGUAGAACUGCCUAGGGGGAUUUUACUACCAAGGAGUCUUUUAUGCCUACUUACUAGCAACCUAUUGACUUUGUAUAACGUGAUAAACGCGGUGCCCUGUCUAACGACGCGUUAGACCUUAGAGAUGUAGAAAUGUCCUUGUUAGGAGUGAGUUCAUUUGUCGGAAAGCAAUUUUUCAAGGCAUAUGCAUUUGACGUGUGGCCGUUCUGUGCUAUAAAAAGUAGCCUAACCAUUCAGUCUGCAAUAAGAUCAUUCUGGAAUGGAGGGAAGGUUGUCUGUAUGUUCUAGGAACUUGUGUAGCGUGCAUUUCUUCAAAAUGCUGGUGCUCCCUUAACUAAGAAAAAAAGUUUGCCCUAACCUCGCUUCUGGCGCCAAGGAUUGGGCUUUAUGAUGUGCAUAUUUUCGUAAAGUAUUUCAAGGUAUUCUAUUUUGUAGUACAGAGUAUAGGUAAUUUUGGGAGCCAUGCCUGUGGGGCUAAAGAGAU